UCUGUUUCUGUAAUCGGUGAAGAGUAAUUUCCUUACUUUGAAAGAUGAGCUUAGUUCUCAGAUUGAGGCAACAUUUAUCUCAAACCUCCUCCAGAUUAUCACUCAUUUCUCGAAUCGGCGGUUACCGGAGUUAUACCCAACCGGCGAAGAUAGAAGAUGAAGAAGAAGAAGAAUUCGAUCAGAGAAAGCUCCCAACAGAUUACGAUCCAGCUACGUUUGAUCCAACAGAGCAUCGUAGUCCACCAACAGAUCGUGUAUUCAGACUCGUAGACGAGAUCUCAUCUCUAACAUUAUUAGAAAUCUCCGAACUUGGUGCGAUUAUAAUGAAGAAGAAAGGUAUGACGGAGCUACCAACUGUCGCUGUUAUGAAACCUGGAGCUGGUGGUGGUGUUGGUGGUGGGAUGGUGAGUCAAAGUGGUGGUGGUGGUGUGAGUGAAGAAGCUAAAGUGGAGAAGACAGUGUUUGAGAUAAAGUUGGAGUCUUUUGAAGCAUCUGCUAAGAUUAAGAUUAUUAAAGAGUUAAGGAGUUUUACUGAUUUGGGUUUGAAAGAAGCUAAAGCUUUGGUGGAGAAGACUCCUGCUAUUUUGAAAGCUGGUUUGUCUAAAGAAGAAGGUGAGAAGAUUCUUGAGAAGUUGAAAGCACUUGGUGCUAAAGUUGUUUUGGAGUGAUGAUGAUCUAAAAUUUGUUUCAAGAACUUUGUUCAUUUUUAAUGAAAGCUUGUUGCUUUGGCUCCUUGGAAAUCAAUUUUGUUGAUAUCAGGAUCUUUGAGUAUGAAAUGUUCUGCAUAUAUUCGAACAAAUUACUACGAUUUGAUAUAAAGGACCCUUAAAAUGGUGAGACAAUUUGCAGGGAAUACUUGAAGAAACAGCAAUAAAAAAGUUAGGUUUUU